AUGCUUGUGCCCGAUCUGCGACACUUAACAUUAGAUUUGACAUCGCACAUGUCGGAUGAAGAUCAAAUUGGAUUAGAACAACUGAAAAUAUUAUUAAAACAACUACCACAAUUAACUGAACUUACUCUGAAAUGUAAUCAACAGUUAAUGCCAUUAAUUAAUGAUUUAGAAUAUUUAAUUUCAGAUUCAUUACCGCUAUUACGAAAAUUCCAAUUUCUAUUCAACUUAAAAGACCUUCCAGCAACAUUAUCCGUCGAUGAUUUACUGCGACCGUUUGAAAGUGAUUUCUGGUUAAAACAGAAACGUUGGUUUGUCCGCUGUGAUUCCGAAAAUCAUGAUACACAACUGUAUACGAUACCGUUGAUCGAACAUGAAUCUAUAAUCAAUAGAACAGCUACAACAUUUAUAUCAAAAGCAACUUCUACGUUCGACUGCUAUGUUAACAUUAAAUCAUUAGAUAUACCAUUGAACAACGUUAUUAUUCAAUCUUUCCAAGAUCGUUACUAUUCAAAUAUUGAUACUCUGUCUUUAUCGUCAAUUGGUAAAGAAAUAUCAAUUGUGGACGAAUUAAAUCGAUUUAUGAAUCUUACGACCGUACAGUAUUUAAUGAUAGGCGAUGAUAUUGAUACAGAACAAUUUCGUCAAUUAUUGGCAUCACUGUCUCACAUGAAUUCACUAACAAUUGAUUUUAAGCAAUUAGCAUCAUUUCCCGACGAUCUAUUUUUUAUAUUAAAUCGAAUGCUAAAACAACUGAAUACAUUUGAAGAUACAGUAAUUGAUGUGUCAAAAUUAGAACAAUUUUCAAAUCUUGAACAACUCGAAGUACUUGUUGAAACACCUCAGCAUCUAUUGCAAGUGUUAAAUAAAUUAGAAAAUUUAACAUGUGUUGUAUGUCGAUGUUACAACAACGAUGAACAUUUUGGAAAUAUUUCAAAUAUACAACAAUGGUUAUCGGAUAAUGUGUCACGUUUAGAAAAUUUUACCUGUGAAAACGGACGGUGCUGGAUUUAUUUAUGGAUAAAUAACGAUAUACCCAAGCGUCAAAAAAAAGUCUAG